AUGCGGAACCCUCCUCCGACCGUCACAACCACCAAGUCCGUCUCCGUGGCUGCUCCUUCGGUCAUCCGCACUAUUCCCACGCGGUCAGUCAUCUUACCCGCCACCGACGAUAAUGUGGCCGAGAACUACGUCGUUAUUCCCCCGGACGGCGGCUGGGGGUGGGUUGUAGUGGCAGUCGCCUUUAUCUGCUAUUUCAUCAUCGACGGAACCACCUACACGUUCGGGAUUUUCUUGACGGAUAUUAGCAAGACGUUCGAGGUACAUCCGACGAGGGUGGCGUUGAUCAACUCGCUUCUCAGCGGGUUUACUUACUUUGUAGUGUCAACGCUAAAAGUUAAUGAUUUGAAAAUUCUAAAGAAAGAAUUCAGUGACGUAAAUGAGACGAAAUUUGAAUUGUUGACACGAAAAGGAGUAUUCCCAUAUGACUAUGUCGAUAAUGUGGAAAGAUUGGAUGAAUCCGAGUUGCCAAGCAUUCAAAAUUUCUAUAACAAAUUGAACGAUACAAAUAUUUCGGACGACGAUUACGCGCACGCGCAAAAAGUUUGGGAAUCUUUCGAGCUGAAAUCGCUGGGAGAAUAUAGCGACCUAUAUAUGCGGACCGAUAUUCUUCUUCUUGCUGACGUCAUGGAAAAUUUCCGUGCGUCAUCCCUCAAGACCUAUGGCCUCGAUCCUGCUUGGUAUUACACCAUGCCCGGCUAUACUUGGGACUGCAUGCUCAAGUAUACUGGGUGUAAGCUGCAAAUCAUCAAAGAUAUCGACAUGGUGAUGUUUGUGGAGCAGGCGAUAAGAGGAGGAGUAUCGGUUUGUUGCAAUAGAACCACCAGGUCCGUCUCCGUGGCUGCCCCUUCGGUCAUGCGCACUAUCCCCACGCGGUCAGUCAUCUUACCCGCCACCGAGGAUGACGUGGCCGAGCACUACGUCGUUAUACCCCCGGACGGUGGCUGGGGAUGGGUAGUGGUGGCCGUGGCCUUCGUCUGCAACUUCAUCAUCGAUGGCACCACGUAUACCUUCGGAAUUUUCUUGACGGACAUCAGCAAGACGUUCGAGGAAGAAUACCUAUCCUAUUGUUAUUACAAAAACAACUCAGCGGUGUCGCGCGAACAUUCUAGAAAGCUCUACACGACGCUCGAAUGCGUGCGCGCGCCGCCCCGCAGGAAGGAUCUAGAAACGGUGCAAGCGCGACGGAAAUACGCGCGACGUGAGAGUGAGCAAGACAGCGCGCGGCAUGCAUACACGCGCGCGUUCUGGAAACUGCCCGACUAUUCUAGUAUAACGUUGCACCGGUAUAUAUAA